GGCCGGAAGUAAACAUCAUGUGACGAGGAAAAUCAGCUGAUCCUCCGUAGACAUCUUUACGAGUCACGACUGCGGCGAUUAAUUCAUACCUCAUCUUCUGUGAUUUUCGGGCCUCGCGGAUCUUUGACAGCUACAACCAUGGCGCUCAGCGAUGCCGAUGUUCAGAAGCAGAUCAAGCACAUGAUGGCCUUCAUUGAGCAGGAGGCCAAUGAGAAGGCAGAAGAGAUUGAUGCAAAGGCAGAAGAAGAGUUCAACAUCGAGAAGGGCCGCCUGGUCCAAACUCAGAGGCUGAAGAUAAUGGAGUACUACGAGAAGAAAGAGAAGCAGAUCGAGCAGCAAAAGAAAAUUCAAAUGUCUAACCUGAUGAACCAGGCUCGACUGAAGGUGCUGAAGGCCCGGGAUGAUAUGAUCUCGGAAAUGCUAAACGAGGCCCGCCAACGGCUUGGUAAUGUCGCAAAAGACCCAGCCAGGUAUCCAGCUCUGAUGGACGGAUUGAUCUUACAGGGAUUCUAUCAGCUUCUGGAGCCCAAAGUGACUAUUCGCUGCCGUAAACAGGACGUGCAGAUGGUACAGGCAUCCAUCCAGAGGAAUAUUCCUAUAUUUAAAGCAGCUGUGAAGAUGAACAUCGAGGUCCGCAUCGACCAGGAUAACUUCAUCCACCCUGACGUUUCUGGAGGUGUUGAGCUCUAUAAUGCUAACGGGAAGAUCAAGGUGGCCAACACCCUGGAGAGCAGACUGGACCUCAUGGCUCAGCAGAUGAUGCCAGAAAUCCGAGUGUCUCUCUUCGGAGCCAACCCGAACCGCAAGUUCCUGGACUAAAUACCUGUGCUGUAUUAAAGAAAAGCUCUCCUUUUAUUUUUUAUUUUGUCACAUGAAAGACGCAUUCCUCUGUCUGUGAAACGAAUCUCCCAUGCAAAAGAGACUCAUUGUUGUUGUGUGAUGUAUUGCUGUUUUUUUUCUGUGCAUUAAGGGACAUGAUAAACCCUGCAGCUCAACGUUACAGAUGUGCAUCGUGGGUACUGCGCGGUUGUUGUCUCGGCUGCUCCCCUUCGAGGGUCUCAGUUUACACUGAUAAGUCCGGUUCGACAGGAUCUGGUGAUUGGCUGGAUGUUUAACAAGUUGUCCUCUAAUUGGAUCAUGACAAACACAGCGUCCGUGUCACGGUUUUUCCACCGCUACCCCGUAUUAUAAUACGUUGCAUGGGACAUUGUGUUGCUAAUGGACAUCCGCUCCAACCAAUUACCGAGAUAAUGAAUAGCAUCCUAGGAACAAAACUGAAGACUGUACAUGACCUUACAGAGUAAAUUUAUUGAUGUAUGUUAUUCUGUCAUGAAUUCAACGAGUGGGUGAUAUCAUUCCAGAGGGUGCACUGUAUGUAUAUGAGGUUUCCAGAUUAAAUUAUAUCGUAUGUGUGGUUGUUGUGUUUUUUUUUUUUUUUUUUUUUUUUUUUUUUUUUCUUUUUGAGUCUAAAACUGAAGAUGUUAUAUUGUGGAAAUGUAAAACAUAAUAAAAUAUAAAUCAUUAGUAUCA